AUGGCAAUAGAGUUUAUUUUCAGAGUAGUUUAUAUUGUAAGCUUCUUCUUUCUUUUAAAACUCAUUUGGAGUUUAAUCCGGGGGAUAUGGGUUGUAUUCUUUAGACCAGCCAAAAAUCUGAAGGAAUAUGGAACAUGGGCUAUCGUCACUGGCUGCACUGACGGAUUGGGCAAAGCCAUUGCCUUUGAAUUAGCAUCAAAGGGUCUUAACAUCGUGUUGGUUGGCCGCAAUCCUGAAAAACUGAAGGCUACCUCAUUUGAGAUACACCGAAGGUAUAAGUUCGUUGAAACUAAAGAUGUGGUUAUCGACUUCCUGAAAAGCAGCGGCACAGAGAUUAGUAAGUUGAUAGAGGAAGGUAUUGAAGGGCUAGACAUUGGUAUUUUGAUAAACGUUGCUGGCUUGAAUUACCCCACUGCUGGAUACUUUCAUGAAGUUGAUGAAGAAGUGAUGCAGAGUCUUUUAAAGGUAAACAUAGAUUCAGUAACCUGGAUGACCAAGUCGGUUCUUCCUAUUAUGAUUAGAAAAAGGAAAGGAGCAAUCGUCAACCUAGGGGCGGGUUCCUCCGCUGUCAUUCCUUCUUCUCCUUUAUUUACUCUCUACGCGUCUACCAAAUGUUACAUGGAUCAACUAUCAAGAUCUCUAUAUGUUGAAUACAAAAAAUACGGGAUUGAUGUGCAAGUUCAGGUGCCAGCAUAUUGUAUAACAAGAAUGACAUUGAGAAUAGCAGCGAUGAAGGAACCGUCUUUGUUUAUACCAACGGCAGAACAUUUUGCACGAGCUUCAGUUCGCAUGAUUGGAUAUGAAGCAAGGUGUUCGCCUUACUGGGCUCACGCACUUCAAUGGGGUGUGUCUCAAUAUAUCCCAGACACCUUCCUUGACGCUAAUCGUCUUGCUGAAGGCAUCCGCAGGAGAUCAUUAAGAAACCCUGAAAAUCACAUAAACUAA